GACAAUAUUUUUUGUUGUAAUACUAGCAACAAGUUGUUUGUCAAUUGAUGACUUUUGGAAUAUUGAUACCAGUUGGGGAGGAAAUGAUGAUAUAUUUGGGAGUGACAACGAAAGAAAUGAAUGGAGUCAUAAGACUUGGAGCAGAAUUAGAUAUAUACAACGGAGUUCCUAGUUUGACAGGGAGAUAUACUGCAACCUUUGAUGACACAUUUGCAACAUCGGUCCAUGGAACUGUUGAUACAUAUGGGAACUGGCUUGUCGGGGCGUAUCUAGGCUGGCGUUUCAAAAGAAAUGCUGCAGGGAAAAAACUUUACAGUGUCUCAUUCCAAAUCGAUCCAUGCAACUUCAUAACAUACGAUAUUGAUAGAAAUGACGAAAUUGUCCUUGGUGAAAUGCAUGCCAUAUUUGGUGACAGUGAGAUUGCACUUAGACUAUUUAUAGACAUGGAUGAAAAUGGGAAUAGGGUCAUUGAAAAAGAAGAAUUCUACAAUCAAGCUCCACAGUUCAUUAAGGAAUGUUCUGUCCUCGACCAAAAUGAGGGUGAAGAUUAAAAAGUCUUAAAACUAGCUUUGGCAAAAAGAAAAAAAAAAGAAAAUACAAAGAAACAAACGCCUGCAUAUAGAUUAGAAUUAACAGAAGAAAAAAACAAGGGAGUGUUAUUUAAGUUUUACUCCUAAAUAAGACAAUACAACAGUUGAUCCGGAAUAUGGGGUUUCCUAGUAUCAUAAAGUGAUACACAUCUAGUUAAGAAACUGAAAUGAAAACGAAUAUAUGCUGUUGACUUGCCUUGCUAUUUUCUGAUUAAAUUAAACAAAAUAUUGACAUAUAAACCAUAACCUGUUUAUUUGUAUGACGUAUGAAAGUGAUGUAUUUUCUUAAAUAAAAUGACGUAAA